GACUUCCUAGUCGUAGCCGCCCAAACGUCCUCCACUAUCCCACAAUCCUCUUGUCACGUAUUUCCGGUUUAUCUAGCUCAGCCGUACGUAGUUCCUGUCAGACACGCAGUAGUGUUCUGUGGAGCUGGGUGGGAGAGAGUUUUUCUGUUCGUUGACGUUGUUGGUGUUCAGUGUUUGGAACCAGUCAAGUUUCGGGAAUCACAGCCACUGCUGUCAACAUGUCGGUCCCAAGCGCACUCAUGAAGCAACCGCCCAUUCAGUCUACGGCUGGGGCCGUCCCGGUUCGCAAUGAGAAAGGUGAGAUUUCGAUGGAGAAAGUGAAGGUAAAACGUUAUGUGUCCGGAAAGAGGCCAGACUAUGCCCCUAUGGAGUCCUCAGAUGAGGAGGAUGAAGAAUUUCAGUUCAUUAAGAAAGCUAAAGAACAAGAAGCAGAGCCUGAGGAACAGGAGGAGGAUUCAUCUAGUGACCCUCGGCUGCGGCGAUUACAGAACCGUAUUAGUGAAGAUGUGGAAGAGAGAUUGGCUCGACAUCGGAAAAUAGUAGAACCUGAAGUGGUAGGAGAAAGUGACUCAGAAGUAGAAGGAGAUGCUUGGCGCAUGGAACGAGAAGAUAGCAGUGAAGAAGAGGAGGAAGAAAUUGAUGAUGAGGAAAUAGAGCGGCGCCGUGGCAUGAUGCGUCAGCGAGCACAGGAGAGGAAAAAUGAAGAGAUGGAAGUCAUGGAAGUGGAAGAUGAAGGACGUUCUGGGGAAGAGUCAGAAUCAGAAUCUGAAUAUGAAGAGUACACAGACAGUGAAGAUGAGAUGGAGCCUCGCCUUAAGCCAGUCUUCAUUCGAAAGAAGGACCGAGUGACAGUUCAAGAACGUGAGGCUGAAGCAUUGAAACAGAAGGAGCUGGAGCAGGAGGCAAAACGCAUGGCUGAGGAGAGGCGCAAGUACACACUCAAGAUUGUAGAAGAGGAAACCAAGAAGGAGCUGGAGGAGAAUAAGCGAUCCCUAGCAGCACUGGAUGCACUAAAUACUGAUGAUGAAAAUGAUGAGGAGGAAUACGAGGCAUGGAAGGUUCGGGAGCUAAAAAGAAUCAAGAGGGACAGAGAAGACAGAGAAGCGCUUGAAAAGGAGAAAGCAGAAAUUGAACGCAUGAGAAACCUGACUGAGGAAGAGAGGCGAGCUGAGCUUCGAGCAAAUGGCAAAGUCAUUACCAACAAAGCUGUUAAGGGCAAAUAUAAGUUCUUACAGAAGUAUUAUCACCGGGGUGCCUUCUUCAUGGAUGAGGAUGAAGAAGUAUACAAGAGAGACUUCAGUGCCCCUACCCUGGAGGAUCACUUCAACAAAACUAUUCUUCCUAAAGUCAUGCAGGUCAAGAACUUUGGACGCUCUGGUCGUACCAAAUACACUCACCUUGUGGAUCAAGACACCACCUCCUUCGACUCAGCAUGGGGCCAAGAGAGUGCCCAGAACACAAAGUUCUUUAAACAGAAGGCUGCUGGGGUACGAGAUGUAUUUGAGCGACCAUCUGCCAAGAAGCGGAAAACUACCUAGGGUCCAACUACUUACUCUUCUAACUGUGGAACAUAAGGGGAAGUCUCCGCAUCUGGUCCUUGAUUUGCUUUUACCAUUAUUUAAGGCCCCUGUAUCUAGCCUGUUGGACCUACUGCCAUACUUAUGUUACUGGGUAGCCCAGUCUUUGAAGGUGCUUUGUGAGGUUUGGACUCAUGUUGAGAAGCCCACAGAAAAGCACUAUCCAGGUAGGAUUAGAGGCUUCCCACUUAAAACUAUUUCUGAGAAAUCUUAGAUUUUGUCAUUGGUAUGGCUUCCCAUAUUUACUUGGGACUGUUUUGAAUUUUUUUCUAGCUGCUUAGCUUAGAAACGUGGGCAUGUGAGUGGACUUCUACUUUAGGGUUAGAAGUAAUAUACCAGGAAAUCUAAGCUCAAUGAAACCUAUUUAGCAUUUUUGGUUGAAGUCAAUUUUUCUAGGUGAACAAACUUUUUGAUCCAUUUAUGUGUGCGUGAUAAGAAAUAAAAGAAUCACACACCAAAAGAAUUGUUAGCAUGAUACUGGGAAUAAAAUGUCCAGGCU